CUCAACACCACAACCAUGGUCGACGGCGAAAUUCAAAUCCUACGCGGUUACGAGCUCCGUCUCCUGCGGUGCACCGUAUCUUCACCACCGUCAGACUCUCCUCCCGAAACCCAUCCGCAGGACUCUCUUAUAAACUCCUUUUUGUCCCUAAUCGAGUCCGGAGACUACCUCGGAGCUCUAGGCUCCGACGCUACUAAGCUAAUACUAGGCGACGCCGAGUUGGACCUGGUUGACUCGGUUGAUUCGGCUGAGCGAGUUUAUUCCGAGCUUCUCGAAAAGGUGGAGUCUUUCGUGGUGAACGGUUCGUCGGAUGGAAUCGACAAGGCCCGCCGGGCUGUUAUGGUGAUGUGCUUAGCGAUCGCGGCUGCUUUUUGGUUCACUCGUUGCAAUUUGACCGGGCCGACAGAUGGAUCAACGAAGUGUUCGUUACCGUUUAAAGUAUCAGAAAAAAGUAAGGAGUUAGUUGAAUGGGAAAACUGGGCAAAGAUUCAGCUCAUGUCUGCAGGCUCUGACUUGCUCGGCAAGUUUUCUAAUCUCCAGCACUUAGUGUUUGCUAGAAUGCUUCUGUUAAAGUUGAAAGAUUUGUAUGCUACUGAAACAUUUGAACUAAGGAGUGUUUCUUGGUGGAUUGUGAGAGUUUUGCUUAUUCAUCAAAGAGUUCUACAUGAGCGAUCUUCGUCUUUGUUUGAUAUGUUGCAAGUCUAUAUGGCUGAAGCUUUAGACUAUUUUGGAGACUUGCAAAAAGUUGAAACCUAUUGGGAUGACAAGUUGCUGGAAGGAGAAGUUUCAUCUAUAACGUCAACCAUCCAUCUGGAAGCAUUUGUCUUGCAAUACAUUUAUGGAAGGGUUGAUCCCUGUAGGUUGCAGCUUGAAUCUGCUAAAGCAGCAUCAAAGCUGGAGCUCUCUGUUAGUGGGGCUUUUGGAUUCCGUACUAUUCACCAAGUAGAGCCAAAGGCACAAAUGGUAUUGGUAGCGAAUACAAGCUCAUCCAAUGGGGACGUGAGGCUGGCCUCUGAAAAAGCUGAUGUUGGAUCUUAUUAUGAAGCUUGGGGAGGUGAAGCUCCUGAAGUAUACAUGACUCCCAAACUAGUGAACGAUGAGGGUGAAGCUGGCAAAGACUCGGUGACGUUAAAACCAGUCGAACAGGCAAUGGUUUUGGCUCAGUGCCUUUUAAUUGAGAAGGGUAGUCGGAGCGAUGAGAUGCAAAGAUGGGAUAUGGCUCCCUAUAUUGAGGCAAUUGACUCUCAAAAGUCAACAUAUUUUACUCUACGGUGUUUGUGUGACUUACUACGUGUUCGGUGGGAAUCAACUCGGAGUCGUACAAAGGGACGUGCCCUGGAGAUGGUGGAUAAACUGGUUGAAUCUAUCAACAAGAGCGACCCAGGAGCAUCAAAAAGGAUCCCUUUAUGCUUUGCAGUUCAUCUCCCUACCAUUCCUGCUUUGAGAAAGGAAUACGGUGAACUUCUCGUGAGUUGCGGUUUGGUUGGGGAAGCAAUCACAAUAUUCGAGAGCUUGGAAUUGUGGGAUAGUCUAAUUCACUGCUACUGCUUCCUGGGGAAGAAAUCAGCGGCUGUGGAUCUCAUCAAUGCGCAGCUUUUGGAAAGGCCAAAUGACCCAAGAUUAUGGUGUUCACUUGGUGAUGUUACGAAUAAUGACUCCUGUUAUGAAAAAGCCCUGGAGGUUUCAAAUGAUAAGUCAGUUCGUGCUAAGCGUGCUCUUGCUCGCAGCGCAUACAAUCGCGGUGAUUUCGAGAAGUCGCAGAUGCUGUGGGAGGCUGCAAUGGCCUUGAAUUCUCUGUACCCGGAUGGUUGGUUUGCUCUUGGUGCUGCUGCAUUGAAGGCUAGGGAUGUUCAGAAAGCAAUCGAUGCAUUCACUUUCGCUGUUCAACUUGAUCCUGACAAUGGAGAGGCCUGGAACAACAUUGCUUGUCUGCAUAUGAUUAAAAAGAAGAGCAAAGAAUCAUUCGUUGCUUUCAAAGAAGCGCUUAAGUUCAAGCGAGAUAGCUGGCAGAUGUGGGAGAACUUCAGCCAUGUAGCUAUGGAUGUGGGAAACAUUGAUCAGACCUUUGAAGCUAUACAACAGAUACUGAGAAUGAGCAAAAACAAGAGGAUUGAUGUUGUUUUAUUAGACCGUAUAAUGACAGAGUUAGAAAAUAGGAAUUCAGCAUGUAAGUCAUCAUCUUCAUCGGUUGGAUCAGUAGAAACAGAACCGUGUGCUGCAACACCAGCUGAAACUCAGCGUCACUUAGAGUUGCUUGGGAAAAUUAUUCAGCAGAUUGUCCGAACAGAAAGUACAUCUGAAAUCUGGGGAUUAUAUGCAAGAUGGAGUAGAAUCAAAGGAGAUCUUAUGGUAUGCAGUGAGGCACUGUUGAAGCAAGUGCGAUCAUAUCAGGGAUCAGAAGUGUGGAAUGACAAAGAGCGUUUCAAGUUGUUUGCAAGAGCAUCAUUCGAGCUUUGCAGAGUCUACAUGGAGAUCUCAGUGUCCACAGGAAGCAGGCGAGAACUCUUUAGUGCUGAGAUGCAUUUGAAGAACACAAUCAAACAAGCCACAGUGAGCUUCACGGAGAGUGAAGAACUGAAGGAGCUUGAAAGUUGCCUUGAGGAGGUGAGAAAUGUUAUGAAGAAAGAUAUUUGAGACGAUAUAGAUUAAUAGAAAAAAAUAUUUAUAGAAUACCAGUGUUUUACAGUUACAGAUUAUGCAGAAAUUUAAGCCUAGACAACAAACAGCUUGAACAAAAAAAACUGAAACAACAAAUAAGAACACUUUGAUGAACGUUAUGAAGUUGAAUGAAUAUUGAAUUUAAGGA